GAACUCUUAACAUACCAAUAUCACUUCCAUCAUUACUUUUGUUUCUUGUAUCUUGCAUAGAGAUAUGGCCAAAUUUUUUAUCUUAGUACUAGUCUUACUUCAAGUGAGCUCUUUUAUGGGCUUUACUAAAGGGAUUUAUACUCACAAAGAACACCAAAAACAUCACCCAGUAGCCCCAACUCCAUCCCCUAUUCAAUCACCAUCUUCUCACUCUUUUGAUUCUCUUGAUCUUGAUCAUCAUCGUAAGAAACAUCACCGACAUCAUCCAUCAUCCCCAGCUCCUUCCCCUCAUCAAUCAACAUCUACCUCUUCUAUUGAUUCUAUAGAUUUAGAUCGUCAUCCCAAGGCACAUCCUCCCCAUCAUCCAUCAGCCCCAACCCAUUCUCCUGUUCAGUCACCAUCUUCGUUCUCUAUUGAUUCCAUUGAUCUAGACCAUCAUCGCAAGAAACAUCAUCGCCAUCACCCAUCAUCCCCAACCCCUUCCCAUGUUCAACCACCAUCUUCUUUCAUUAAUGAGUCAUUUGAUGUGGAUCAUCAUCGCAAGAAACAUCAUCACCAUCACCCAUCAACCCCAACUCAUUCCCCUGUUCAAUCACCAUCUUCCUCCUCUAUAGAUUCUCUUGAUUUGGAUCAUCAUCACAAGAAACACAAGAAACAUCAUCAUCAUCAUCCCCAAUCUCCAAUCCCUUCCCCAACUCAAUCUCCAUCUACUUAAGUAAGUAGAGAUAUUGAAGAGGAUCCGAAUAAUGAAAUUUUCUAUUAUAUACAUGAUUUGUGUAAGAAUAACAUAUAAAUAAAAUCAUAUUUAUUACAAUAA